AUCAAACUCCGCCCACUACACAAGGAAACUCCCAUCAGAGCGCUGAUUUCAGUGAGAACUCUGUGAGAUACACACAGUGUUUAAGGACAUUUGGAUUCAGUCAGCAGGAGAAGAAAGCGAAGUGAAGAUGGCGACCCCAAGCUCCGGCGACUCCUCUUCCACCCCGAGGUCUAGUGCUGGAGGUCGGGGUGCGAUGCUGAACCUAAGGACUCCUGGCCGCCUUCCUACCAUGCGCCCCAGAGACCUGACGCUGGGUGGAGUGAAGAAGAAAACCUUCACGCCCAACAUCAUCGGCCGAAAGACUAAAGAAGAACUAAAAGUUGACGAGGGACCCAGGAGAGAGAGGAAAGAUGCCGAUCGUGGACGCCAGAGAGAUGGGCGUGGCAGGGGGCGGGGCCGGCCAGAGGUCAUCCAAUCCCACUCCAUCUUUGAGCAGGGACCGGCGGAGAUGAUGGCCAAGAGGAGAGGUGUGUAUGAGGACACGCGGGACACGUCCAGCAGCGCUCCCUGCCCCAUCAUCAACAUUAAGAAGGAGAAGCGAGAGACUGAAGAGGAGACCAAAGAGAUCCUGCGCAAGCUGGAAAGAGACAAUUUCGUGGACGACCCGCUGCUGAAGAACGAAGCGCGUUGCUGUCCCGUGCAGCUUCCUCUGGCUGUGUCCGGCUGGGUGUUUAAAGAGCAGGACGAAGACACCGAGGUCGAAGGAAGAGUCAAAGAGGAGAAGAAUGCAGAGGAUGAACAGAUGAACGUUGAAAGCUCAGGAAUUGCUGUUACAGUUAAACAAGAGCCUCCUGAUAUCCCCGUGAUGAAAAAGGCGGAGACGAUGUUUAAGCCGCCGCCCCUUCCUGAACCAGUCUUACUGCCAGACCUGUUGGAGGCAUGGAGUCACUGCAAGGAGGAGGAGCUUCUGUUCAUUCAGCUUCCUGAUUCGCUGCCAGGACAACCACCGACCAGUGAAGCCCGGCCCACGAAAACCACCGUGCAGUCUGAGGAUGGACAGAACGUGCUGCAGAAGACUGAAGGACAGGAGGAGGAGGAGGAGGAGAACAGUUGUCAUCUGAAGGAGCUGCAGGAGGGUUUAGUGGGACGCUUGUUGGUGAGGAAGUCGGGACGAGUGCAGCUGGUGUUGGGGAACAUCACACUGGACGUGGCUAUUGGGACGUCCUGCUCUUUUCUCCAGGAGUUGGUGUCGGUGAACACAGAGGGAAGAAGAGGUGACGUGACCGUGCUCGGCCACGUGAAACACAAACUCGUCUGUUCACCAGACUUCGAGGCUCUGCUUCAGAACCGAGCUUGAAUGCGUUCUGUACAGCUGUGUGUGUGUGUUCACUGACGGGGAAACUCGUGUGUGCUAUGUUUUUGAACAGACUGAAGAAUCUAUAUAUACUGUAUUUAAACUGUAAAUAAAGACGUGGGCUCCUG